UUUUGAUGUUAUUGUUUUGAUUGAAUUUUGGUGUUUCCCAAUUUCCACCAGAACCACUGAAAGGAAAGAACAAAGUACAAACAAUCAUUAAUUAUGUUUCAGAUAUGCUUCGAUACGUAGUUUUGAUUAUAUUGGUGAUUUCAACUUAUAAAUCACUGGGGUCUGAUUUAGAACAGAUACAUCCAGUCCUGAAAUAUAGAAGCGAAGGAUAUAUAAAUUCGUACCCCGAAGAAUGUUUCGAUAUUUUAAAAUCGUUUGCAGAAUUUGCGUCUAAUUUUACUUUGUGUUCAAUUUUAAAUGCCAGGCCAAUUAGACUGUGUGAACAUUGUGUGGAACAUUAUGUUAGAUUCCAUGAUAAGUAUAAUGAAUUAAUAAAAACAGUUGUCAAUGGCACAUCAUGUGGAUCACUUUUUAUGUCCCAUGAUAGAUUAAAUGUUGUGAAAAAUUAUCAUGAUGGAAUAUCAGGUUUAUGGGUUGGAGGGAAUUGCAAUGAUUGCUUCAUAUGGAAUAAUGGAUCUUACAAUGCAAAAAAUGACACCAAAAAAUUUUACAAAAUGUUCAAUGACACCAUGGAAUGUAUAGUAUUUAAUAUGGAUUUUGACAACAAUAUUGUAUGUGAAAAAUGUAUGCAAAACUACUUGCAAUUGGAUGAAUUCUACAAAGGUUUAAGUAAAGAUGGAAUAGGUGUGGACAGUGUUUGUAUGGAUAUAGUAGAUUCUAUGAAUGCUACAAGGUACAUAUGGAGUAAGAAUCUUAACUGCUGUAAUUUAAGAAGAACCCCUGAAGUUAUAUUUCUGUGUUGCACAGGGAUAAUUAGUUUUUUACCAAUUAUGUACUACCUUGCGGUACGUUUUUGUGGACCUAUCAGAGACUUACCAAAUGUUUUAAAAGAAUCCAGAUUUAAGCAGUCUAUAUUGAGGUCUAUAAACAGAAGAAGUGAUUAAAAUCUUUAAAAAGAAUAAUCUUAAUUUUAUAUCAAUUAUAUAUUUGGAAUUUAGAAA